UAUUGUAAGGUAAGCACUUUGGCGACAAUGGAAAGGAAGAACUUCCUUUUAACAGGAAGAAACCUCCGUCAGUGUCAGGUUGAAAGUGUAUGUUUACCAUAAAGACUCAAGAGUCACAAGUGAAUAAGCAUAUUUCCCAAAAGUCAAAAAAUAUAGACUUUGUUAACAAAAACAAUAAUUUUGUGCAUAUUCUCUCCAUAUCUGCUUUUGAUUUUCCUACUCUCUGUUUGGAAGUCCCCUCUCCGCUCACCGCUAUGAAAAAUGGAAUAACCUCUGGUCUGUGAAAUGAGAAAUCAAAUGGAAUUGUGAAAACGGUGAAGGCAGAGCUUCAUCUGUGCUGUUGCAAUCUUCGUGUGUUGCUCAGGCGUGUGCUGCUUGAAUUUAACCAGAAAUCUGAAGAUAGCCGUCUGAAGGUUGCCACGUCUUGCAGCAUCCUACCCCCCUGCUUGGCUUGGAGGUUAGGAUGGGGGUUGCCAUUUGUUUCCACCCCCCACUCCCCACCUGCCGGCUGCUCCUGAUUGUAGAUGUGCCCUUUGAGUUCCUGCAGGCUUCCAUAUUUUACCAUAUCUUUAUGGUCCAGCUAGAAGACGUGUUGAAUAUGCGAUGGCGAGCUCCAAAGAGGGACGAGGCUUCUGAAAGUGCAGCCGAAAAGGUUUAACCGCAGAUUGUUAAAAGCCGGGGUUGCCAAAUGGGACUAAGAGUGGACAAGAGCAGGGAUAUAAAUGGCAGGAAACUGGGGGGGAAAAAGACAAAACAUAGGAUGCGGAAGAGGGGGUAAAACCAGCAGAGCCGGAAAGGGUUGGAUAAGGCUCGUACGUGCAUUUGUGUGAAAAUUACCAGCCUGUUAAAGCAUGUCUGAAAAAUGUGUUGCUCUUAAAGGUCAGAGGCCAUGACAGCACGCCUCCUAGUACUCCUUUCAAAGCGCACACGUACACCAAUUAGCAAAGCAGACUUUCUACUUAAGCCCCAAUGUGUUAUAGAAGCCUUUCGAGAGGCUCAGACCCACCCCACCACCACCAAUAGCACCGUCUGGGUCAUCUAAUAAACCCGCCCCUGCUGUUGUCCGAGCCUCGUAAAGAUGGAUCACAUUUCCAUUUCAGUCGCAGGCGCACACCUCCGUUAAUCCUUUUUUUGGCCUGUGUCUUUUGUCCAAAAGGGUUGGUGUCACAGGGGGAGAUAAAUGAAGUGGCAUGUGGCAAUUUUCAGAGCAGAAGCAGCGGCAGCUUCGGAGGGUGGUUUCAAGGCUUUGAAGAAGAAAGAAUUACAUCUGUGGCUGCUCGCAUCUCUGACAGUGAAAGUGUGCGUCUGGGUUGUCCAUGUGUCACCUCAGUGUGAUAAAUGUGCAUGGGUUUGUGUGUGCGCACGUUCGCCGGAGCGAGAACAGGCAUCUGUUGCAUAUCAUUAGCAGCUUUUAGAAUGAAUUACCUCAGUGGAUUUCCCACACACACACACACACACACACACACACACACACACACACACACACACACACACACACACACACACACACACACACAGAGCACCCUUCAUCCUAUUCCAUCCACCCUGAUAAUCCCUUUAUCUUGGCAGCUAUUCAACACAUAAAGGGCCAAUGCCACUGAAUAAUGAUGCGGUCAUAUCUACUCCUCGCUCCCCCCCGGUGAUAAUCUUCAUCUGGGGAUGACAGUGAUGGAGAAAUUUUAUGCAUGCGGUCGUUCGGAGUUGAAUAAAUCUGAUUUCCUAAUUUCUGGGCCGGGAGCAGGAGUCAAAACAAGCCACGGCACAUGUUUGCACACACAAAAACAGGCACACUUUACAGCCCACAUCCAGGCUGUCCCUCCUCAAAUUCCCAGAGUUCAAUCCCCCCACCCUCCUUCUGCCCCUCCAGCCCACCGUCAGUGUUUGCCAAGAAGGUCACUUACGAUGUGAGUGACAAUCCCUGAAAUCGUUAAAACAAUCCAUCUCCUUUUUUUCUUUUCAUUAAAGGCAGCAUGCCUCCAUUUACAUAUUUGGAUGACACGCCCGGCUGGUUUGUUUAAUUGCUGUAAGCUGGUCGGCUGCACAAUUACUAAAGUUGUUUUUGUGCUUCAGCAUCUUAUUAUUAGGCGCGCAGCGCCGCCGACACCGAGCUAAUCAAUUUGAAACAACGGCAGACGUCUUUAAUGCCCGAGCGGGGAUAAUAAAAGUUGCUUUGUCGAGGCGCGCGUGGAGGCUUGUGGUGCAGAUCGUAGCUUGCUUCUUGAAAUUUCAGUUUGCUUUUUCCUGCAGAGAAGCAAAAAAACCACAAGCACGCGUUUGUCACAUUCAGAGGGGAGUUUAGGGCAGCAGACAGUUACAGUAUAUGUUGUAGAUAGGUGAUGUUUUUGACAGCAAGAGUACACUUCUGCUUUUCAGCGGAGGGAGUGUGUGUGUGUGAGAGAAAAACAGUGGAAAGCUAAAGAUUAAUCGCAAGUAGGAGGAGGCAACUGAGCGAGGUCGAGAAAGCUGUUCACCAUGAGGAGGAAAGAAGGGAAGGAAAGGGAGGAAACGAAGCAGAAGUGAAAUCGAGAUGCUUGCAGUAUUUGCAAGGCCGACCUGACUAAUCAUCCAAGGUGUCAAGCUGGUACCAGUCCGAUGUCCUCUUCCCCCACAGUGUGAUGUGCCAUGGCUCCGGUGCUGAGUGGAGUGUGGUGGGGGCCGGAGGCAGGCGUCAUCGGGUCGGGGACGGCAGCUUCUACUGGUGUGGCGUCGUGGCUGGGGAGCGGGCAGCUGAUCUUGAUCGUCACCCUCAGCAUCCUCACCGCUUUGCUGCUGGUGUCGGUGCUGCUGCUGCUCUGCGCUAGCUGCCAGGGGCAGAAGAAAGCGGUGAAUGGACACCCAGCGGGAGAUCAUCAGAGCCUGGUGAAUGGAGUUUCAGAGAGAGACAUCAGCCAAUCAGCAGACAGUCCAGCAACUGACGCGGCGGUCAGCACCUCUUACAAUGGGCCUCUCACCAGCGGUACAAUUCUCACGGACACACAGGACACCAGUCCCCAGUUGUCAGAGGAGAUGCUCUCCAGCCAAUCAGAGCUCAGGUCCUCCAAGUGCCCUCAGGACCGCGAGCUUCCCAGCAUCCCUCCCAACAACGCCCUUAUCGGGAACGGACCCCCACCCUCAGGAGACAGCACUUAUGAGGUGGUGAAGGAGAUGGCCGUGGCCUCACGUGACGUCAGUGCCGAUGAAUCCCUGUACGAGACGGUCAAGGAGCUCAAAGACGGUCCUGCAGAGGCUGGCCUCCUAAACGGUACCAUCCAGCCGAGUCCAGACGAACCUCCGCCUCAUCCUCCCGCUCUUCUUAACGGCCACAUCAGCCCAAGCACACCUGAGCGGGGGCCCAUCUUUGCCGGGGCGGAGUACGCCUCUGUCAACCUGAAUAAGAAGAGCCGUCACAGCGCAGACAUGGAGGCCAAAAGGCGCUCUGGUAAUGCUGCCGUUCCUCAACAAAAGCCUCAGGAGGAGCCAGAGGAGGAUUUACCGCCACCGGUACCGGAGAAGGUUCUGGAUGAAAAUGACAACCAGCCAGCGCUGAUGAUGAACGGGCUCGCGGAGGCUGGGCUGCACAAUGGAGAGUUACACUCCCCUCCGUCUCCUGCACCGAAGUUCGACAACCACGUUCAGUCAGACAAUGAGUCAGCGGUGUACUCCACAGUCAACAAAACAAACUGUGACGACGCUGUUAACGAGGAGGACAAAGAGCACGACUACAGCAGCAUAGCGGAGAUUAAAGGUCUGGUCCCGGCCUCCUCCUCCGGUGACCUCUACGCCACCGUUCGAGAUAUCUACAGCCAACCCGAUGAACCCGGCCCCGCCGACAGCACAGACCCAGGCUACGAAACCAUCCGCAUCCCAAAGACUAAUAGCUCAGAGGACGAGCACCGAGCCGAGGGGUCAGACGUGGGCAAGGCGGAGCCCGACUAUGAAAGCGUCGGAGAGCUGGGUCUGGGCCCAGAAAUGUCCCGCCUUUAAGUCAUCGUCCCCGCUCCCCUCCUCGUAUCGCCUGGAUGCAUCUAACAGAACAGACUUCGCUGCAGUGCUUUAAGCUUGCUAUCAAGGAUGCUUUGGGCGCAUGACUUGUGAACAGAAAACAGCUCGCUGCAGCAUCCACCCAGCCGUGCACGAGCAUCCUCCUUAUAGCCUGGGUACGGUUUAUCAUAUCCAAACUUGACUCCUUUAGUUCAUCAGUCAUGGUGAAUGUCAUCGGUACUGGUGGGCCUUAACAACACUUGAUUGUGGAAGAAAAAUAUUCAAUAGUUAAACUAUCAAAUAAAUAUCCAAUCGCAGCACUCAUGCAGCAUUUUAAUAGUUAGCUAACGACACUAUCUAAGAAAAAGAAAAAAGUAAUUCAGUGCCAUAAAGUGAUGGUGAAAUUCAUGCACUUACACACGUGAAGGUUAUAUUAUUUUGUGUGCUCUCUCUGCAGCUGCUAGUCUUUCUAGUUUCUUCCGAGUGACUCAGUGUCAUGUUUUAUUGAGGUGUCAGGUGGUGUAUUUUUAGGCUUUUUUCCUGUCAGGUCGGCAACACCUCCACUGUGCAUUCUCCACAAGAAAUUAGGUUUCUCCCACCCCUCUCAGUUUUGCUGCCAAACGGUUAGCAGAGACAGAGGUUGCAUUCAGUAGAUUUUCACCAUUUAACACAGCUGAUGAAUUCCCUGCCGCGCACACGUGUCAUUGCUCAGACUACACGGCGCAUGUGUGUGGGCUUAGCGUGUCGCAGGUUGACGCUAGUCAUCUGUGGCGAGCCAAAAAAACGGAAAACGAGGAGUGAAGGAAGAAGGGAAGUGUCGCAACACGUUUUUAAAGCUUUUUUUUGUUGUUGUUCUUUUAGAAGAGCUACAGUCGAUGUCAAAGGGUUUUUUUUUGUGAAUUUCAUAUUUAUUUGAAGACGAUUAUUGUUGUGUAAUUGUGAAAUGUUAAAGUAUGUCUGUGAGAGAAAAAAGCGAAUAGGCAUUUAUAAAAAAAAUUACAUUUCUAGCGUUUUUACUGAGAUACUAAAUGAAAAUGAGUUGCGAGGAUUGUGGCAGUUAGGUACGUGUUCCCCCCAGAGCAUUUAAAGAGUUCAUUGUUUUUAAAAAAACAACAAACAAAUGAAAGAAAGAAAGAAAAAUGAAUGUGUCAGUGUAUAUUGUCAUUUUGCACACUUUGGUCAAACAAGUUCAGAUGACAUAUUGUGAUGAAAUGACGCGACGAGCUUGUAUUAUUGUACUUCGUAUGUUUCCUCGAGUCUAUUCUUGGUACAGUCUUCUGUCGGCAUUAAAGCACAAGUACAGAUUAUCGAAAGCAGUUAACAUCGCUGCACACUUUUCAACAUCUAGCGCUUCUUUUUUUCUUUUAAAUACAGGAAACCAUGCCUGUCUCUGUGUAGCUUGAACUGACGACAGUGCCAAUCGAGGCUUGUAGUUAGAGGAGUAUUUUAAUCAACUGUUACUCGCUGGAAAAUUUAAUGUGAGCUUUUACUUAUUUGUACAAUGUCCAGAGUCAUAUAGUUUUAAAAUAAGAUUAAAAGCACUGAUUGUAUGACUUGUUUUAAGAAAAAAAAAACAGCUUCAACCAUGUUUUCAUGUUAUUUUAACUCAAAGUUGAUGGCGUUUCAUAUCUGAGAAUAUCCAUUGAAAUGCCAGACAUAUGGUACGGCUCCUUUUGGUACAUGCAUAUUAAGAAACCUGUGGUACUUUUAUUAAACACAAAAAAGAAAUUGCCUCGUUACUGUUUAUUUUUAAAUGAAUACUGCCUCUGCUUUGUGCUGUAAAUAUUUUUUUUUUUGUCGUCGUUAUUAUUUUUAUCAUUGCUACAGUAUGUAACCUCUUAGCAGAAAAAUCGGUGUCAUCUGUUUCCACCCACAUCAGAAUAUUACAGCGUUACAGUAUCUCCAGCAUCGGGUUUGUGUUUCAUUAGACAUGCUGGAGCUCGCCCGUGGUUUCAUACGGCCUGCUCUGACUGCUAUCGGAUUAAUAAAUUAUAUACAUUUGAAA